AUGGCUUUUGAAAUUAGAAAAUUUGUCUUCUUGUUGCAGGCAGAGAGUGAUUAUUACAGAGAGGUUCAUCAGCUAGAUCUAAAGUACCAGAAGGUUUAUGAUGAAAUAAACAAGAAACGAGCAAGCAUAUUAGCAGGAGAAUAUGAGCCUUCCGGUCCAGAGAUUGAGUGGGAAGAUGAAGAGGAAGACGAUGAGGAAAAAUUGACCAAUGGUGUUAAACAAAUCAGCAUAAAUGGAAUGGAUGAGAACACCAAAGGAAUUCCUAAGUUCUGGAUGUACGCCAUGAAGAACGCCAACGAGGAUGCCUUGAUGGGGAUGGUGGAGCCUCACGACGAACCAGUCCUGGAGUAUCUUAAGGAUCUGACUGUUACUCUUAAAGAACCUGGGAAUUCGGGAUUUACUCUUAAUUUUGUGUUCUCUGAGAACCCCUACUUCUCCAACAGUGUUCUGACCAAGGAGUAUAAGCUGAGGGAAGGUCCUGAUCCUGAAUCCCCCCUAGAUUACGAUGGUCCAGAGAUUAUCAGUUGCUCUGGCUGUGAAAUAGAUUGGAAGACUGGGAAGGAUGUUACUAAGACUACUGUGAAAGUAAAGAAGGUUAAACCAAGAAAGGGAGGAAAGGGAAGCCCAGAGAAGGAUCUAACAAAGGUACAUAUUAAAAUAUUCUUAUUCAUUAUUUUCUAAAACUUUUUGAUAAAU